AUGGCAAACGCGACAAGUUAUACCACCGCCAUUGCGGCUCUGCCGCAGCAACAGUUGCUGCUGGAUGCCACAGCUGCGGAGCAGGCGACAACAGCAACAGCGCCCGCGCUCAGCGAUCCUUCGGAUCUCAGCGCUGGCCUCAAUCUGCUGCCCGUGAGCAAUUGGAUUGCUGCGGCCGCCAAUGUGGAGCCGCCCGCGCCCGUUCAGUUCAUCCGCAUCGCCAUGAACAGUGGACUCUGAGCCGCCGACAGAGGGCGCCAGCUCACCAUCAAAUACUCGAUUUGUGUUUACAUUUAAUUUAAUAUCCUUCUC